GCUGCCUCGACACGACCAAAACAGCGCAAAAGAAAUGAUGGUGCUCCUGGGUUCAGUUUCCAGAGGGGUUGCCUGCGUUGUUCUCGUCGUAAUUUGCUCUGUGGCCUUCGAGUGUCAUGCUCAAGUCUUGCCACCAGAUGAAGUUGAUACACUAAAAACAAUCACCAUGAAAUUGCAAAACAAAUACUGGAAUGUAAGCGAAACAUCAUGUAGUGGGGGUAUAGGUCUAAACGUGCCGACCUUGCCUUUAGGAAUGACAAGCUAUGUGACUUGCAACUGUUCCUUCACCAACAACACGGUUUGCCAUGUAACGAACAUCCAGCUAAAGGGACUUAAUUUGAAAGGAAUUUUUCCUAAUGAAUUCAGCAAGCUCACUUACUUAACAAAAAUAGACCUCACUAAUAACUAUAUCAAUGGAUCGCUCCCCACAACUCUUAGUCAAAUACCACUUACCAUUAUGUCAGCACUUGGAAAUCGCAUAAGUUGUAUUCCCAAGGAAAUUGGCAACAUUAGAACGCUGGAAGAGUUUAUACUAGAGGACAAUAUGCUUGAAGGCGCUCUUGAGCAAGUUGGAAAAUUGAGCCGCUUAAGGAAACUCCAGCUAUCUGCUAAUAAUUUCACAGGAACGAUACCUGAAUCCUUUGGCAAUCUAAAGAACUUAGAAACUUUUCAUAUAGAUGGAAGCACAUUAGCGGGAAAGAUACCUGAUCUUAUCGGGAAUUGGACCAGAAUUACAAGAUUGGACAUGCAAGGCACAUCUAUGGGGGGACCUAUUCCUUCUAGCAUAAAUUUGUUGAAAACCUUGACGGAGUUAAUAUCUGAUUUGAAAGGUUCAAGCUCAAAUUUUCCUAAUUUGCAAGGCAUGAACAUGAAAACAUUGAUUCUGAGAAAUUGCUUGCUUACUGGUUCAAUUCCAGAUUAUAUUGGCGAAUGGACAAGUUUGACAACAUUAGACCUGAGCUUCAACGGAUUGACCGGUCAAAUUCCUGACACGAUGGGAGCUGCUCUGGAUUACAUGUUCCUGACAAACAACUCCCUUGCUGGAGUAGUACCCAGUUGGGUAACAAGUAGCAAGCAAUCUCUCGACUUAUCUUACAACAGUUUCACCGGUUCUUCUCCUUCCAGUUGUCAGCAAUCACAAGUUAAUUUGGUUUCCGGCUAUUCAUCUAAUGGAAGCAACUCGCUUUGGUGCUUGGAGAAGGAUCUGCCCUGCAGCGGGAAAGCACAACACCAUUCCUUAUAUAUCAAUUGUGGAGGAACCAAAAUGACUUUUCAGGGGAAUCAAUAUGAAGAGGACACUAGUCCAUAUGGGCCAUCAUUUUUCUUUGCUUCCUAGGAAAAGUGGGCUUACAGCAGCAGCGGGGUUUACAUGGGAAAUGCUAGUGCUGAUUACAAAUUGGAUAACCUAUUUUCUCUAACUGUGAAUGACUCCAAAUUUUACUAAACGGCUCGCAUUUCCCCUUCGUCGCUCAGAUACUAUGGCCUUUGCCUGAAAGGAAGUUAUAAAGUGCGGCUCCACUUUGCUGAAAUUCAAUUCACCAAUGAUGAAACAUCUAACAGCAUUGGGAGACGUAUUUUCGAUGUAUCGAUACAAGGCAAUCAAGUGUUGAAGUAUUUUAAUAUUGCAGAACAAGCGGGAGGUGUUGGGAAGGGCAUCUACAGAGAUUUCGAUAACAUUUAUGUGAAUGGCACUACUUUGGAGAUUCAUUUAUAUUGGUCAGGGAAGGGAACCACAGCCAUUUCUUAUAGAGGUGCCUAUGGGCCACUUAUUUCCGGUAUUGCAAUGACACCGAACUUUGAUGUUGGAGGUGCUGGACUAUUAGCUGGAGCAAUAACUGGGGUUGUGGUGGCUUCAAUUGUUCUCCUCGCAUCAAUAUUACUAGUCCUUAGGCUGAUUGGUUUCUUAGGUAGUAGAGAAGCUAAAGAUCCAGAAUUACAUGGGCUAGAUCUACAAAUUGGCCAUUUCACUUUAAGACAAAUUAAAGCUGCUACAAGCAAACAUACCAACCCAAAUCUUAUCAAGCUAACCUUUUUUGUUAAUGAAAUAACAUUGGAUUAAUCUAUAAAUCUUAAAAUCAUAAUUAAUUUUGGUUUGGCCAAACUCGAUGAAGAAGAGAAUACACACAUCAACACAAGGAUAGCUGGAACAUUAGGUUAUAUGGCUCCCGAAUAUGCAAUGAGGGGCUACUUAACAGACAAAGCCGAUGUCUACAGCUUUGGGGUCGUCGCUUUGGAAAUUGUCAGUGGAAAGAGCAACACAAAUUACAUGCCGGAGGAAGAAUUUGUUCAUCUCCUUGACUGGGCCUAUGUGUUACAAGAGCAAGGGAACGUCCUUGAACUCGUGGAUCCACGUCUCGGCUCAGAUUACUCCGAAGAAGAGGCAAUGAGAAUGCUAAACCUGGCACUACUAUGCACCAAUCCUUCACCAACUCUCAGGCCGCCAAUGUCAUCUGUGGUAAGCAUGCUCGAAGGAAAAAGCGCGAUCCAAGCACCGACAAUCCGGCGCUCCACAACAAAUCCAGAUCCUAGGUUCAGAGCCUUCGAUAGGCCAGCUAAUCAUAGCCAAACAAAUGUCACGACAUUCUCUCAAGACACUCACCAGGUGCCGCGAAGCGUGUUCACAGAAGGUGCACGGAUUGAUCCUUCAGCUUCUUUCACGAGUACGGACAAGACCUGCGACCAUUCUUCAGGGAGCAAGCCUCUCCCAAAUGUCUAGGACUCGGAUUUGUUCAGUAAUUAUUAUGUGCUCAUCAAUUUUUUUUAUCCAAUUGUGCAAGGAAUUAGAUGGUGGAAAUAGAGGAAAUAGGGCUAUCACUGAAGGGUGUUCCGUAACCACGUAAUAGACCGUGCAAACUGCAAAGUCUUUGCAUGUGAAAUGAGCAUGUACUGGCCUUGAGGCAGGUGGUCUGGCUUCAUCUGUGCGACUCCCAAUUGUAUGAGUUUUCGUUUC